UUUGCGGUUUGUGGCUGCGACUUCACCCAGAGAAAAAUUUUGCAUAAAUUUUGUGUUUUUACGGCCAUAAAAUGUAACUAUCAGAUAAACAUUUAAAUGAUUUGUAAAAAUGAUACUUUAUAGUAUCAUAUGAUGCCAAGUAGCUAAAUUAUAAGGAUAUUCCUAGGUGUUAAGUGCAGAACCCGGAAACGAUUUUGGAAAGGGGAUUAAUUGCCCGAGGAGAAAUUUACCAAAGGACAUUUAAAAUGUCAGAGCCAGAUUUGAUGCGAAGGAACUUUUCGUUCCAGAUGCAGAUUGGUUUAACAAGGGAACAAGUUAAUGUUGAUGGAGAAUUGACCCUAGCUAGUUUGAAGGAAAUUGCAUGUGCAUUUGUAGAUCGAAAGUACCCUGAGCAUGGCUUCUAUGGGAUUGCCGACAAGAUUUUAUUGUUUCGUCAUGAAUCAAGCAGCACCAAUGUUCUACAAAUUAUCAGCAAUGCCUGUGAAGUGAUAGAAGGCUGUCUAGUAGAAGUUGUUCUGUCAGCCAAGGCAACCAUGGAGGAACUUCAGAUACGACCACAUCUGUUAUUUGUGCAUUCCUACAAAUCACCUCAUUUCUGUGAUUUUUGUGGAGAGAUGUUGUUUGGGCUUGUCAAGCAGGGAAUCAAAUGUGAAGGAUGCGGCCUAAAUUUUCAUAAGAGAUGUGCCUUUAAGAUACCCAACAAUUGUUCAUACGAUCGUCAGAGGCGAACGUCUACCAGCAGUAUUAGCAGUAUAUCAUUCUCACUGAAAGACAAGCCGGAACCCACCACGCCCACUGAGAAUUGUACCACCGUCUCUCUACCUCCCUCCCCCGGGCCCAGGAGCCCACGACACAUGGGCUCUCGACCUAUCAGCUUUGGUCCAUCAGACAGCAACCCACGGAGAACGGAAUACAAGUACAGUACAUUAUUAGUACCAGGGCAACCUAUUCUUGAGGGACGUAACAGCCGAUCUAAGUCAUGGAGUGGUCGACCAAUCUGGCUGGAGAGAGAAUUUGCCAGUCGUAUCAAAGUGCCCCAUACGUUUAUUGUUCACAACUAUACACGUCCCACUGUCUGUAUGUGGUGUAGAAAACUACUUAAGGGAUUGUUCAGGCAAGGAGUACAGUGUAAAGAUUGUAAAUUUAACUGUCACAAGAAAUGUGCCCCACAAGUGCCCAAGGAAUGUGCUGGAGACCUCCCAAGUGGUGAAGUGAACUUUGAACAGAGUGAUGCAUCCGAGAUUGAGAGCAAUAAUGGAACAGAAGUCUCAGAGAUACCAGAGGAUGAUAUGCUUCUUGAGAAUGAUAACGAUAAUGAUGAUAGUGACAGAAAACCACCACUUAGUCCUACACAGAGCAGUAACAUCCCAUUGAUGAGAAUUGUACAGUCCGUGAAACAUACAAAACGUACAGGGUCUAAAGUUCUCAAGGAAGGCUGGAUGGUACACUGUACUGAUAAAGACAGCCAGAGGAGGAGGCACUACUGGAAACUGGACAGUAAAUCAGUUACUAUGUUCCAGAACGAAAACUCUUCAAGAUACUAUAAGGAAAUUGCCUUAAAUGCUAUAAUUGGAAUAGAAUCUUUCAAAAUGGACCCGAGUAAUGAGUUUCCAAGAGCACCACAUGUGUUUGAGUUGCGCGUACAAAACAUGAUAUACUAUGUUGGUGAAGAUCCGUUCUAUGGCUCUGAGGAGGGAAGCUUAGUUGUCUCUACAGAGAGCGGGAAGGGGUUGGAGCAGGCACGUCACUGGGAGCACGCUAUCAGGCAGGCAUUGAUGCCAGUGACGCCAACAUCCAGCGUUAACCAGGGUACUCAACCAAAAUAUGGUCAAGCUAACAAUGCUGGAGCCCCGGAGGAGCCUCACGACAUCAGUCAGUUAUACCAAAUAUUCCCAGAUGAUGUUCUCGGAUCAGGACAGUUUGGUAUAGUCUAUGGAGGUAAGCACCGGAAAACCAACAGUGAAGUUGCAAUUAAGGUAAUAGAUAAGAUGAGGUUUCCAACCAAACAAGAAGCACAGCUUAAAAAUGAAGUCUCAAUUCUACAGAAUCUCCAUCAUCCUGGAGUCGUGAAUCUCGAGAAAAUGUUUGAAACACCAGAAAGGAUUUUUGUGGUAAUGGAGAAGUUGAAGGGAGAUAUGUUAGAGAUGAUUUUAUCUAGUCCUCGAGGUCGGCUCAGUGAACGAGUCACCAAGUUUCUUGUCUCACAGAUAUUGGUUGCCUUAAAGCAUUUACACUCAAAGCAUAUAGUGCAUUGUGAUCUUAAACCAGAGAAUGUUCUACUAUCAUCAGAGACAGCAUUCCCACAGGUAAAACUGUGUGAUUUUGGAUUUGCAAGAAUCAUUGGAGAAAAGUCUUUCAGGCGGUCUGUAGUUGGUACCCCAGCAUAUUUAGCACCAGAAGUAUUAAAAAGUAAAGGAUACAACCGUUCCCUUGAUAUGUGGUCUGUAGGAGUUGUUGUCUAUGUUAGUUUAAGUGGAACAUUCCCAUUUAAUGAGGAUGAAGAGAUCAGUGACCAGAUACAGAAUGCAACAUUUAUGUACCCACCAACACCAUGGAAGGAAAUCUCUCAAGAAGCAAUUGAUUUGAUCAGUAAUUUGUUACAAGUAAAGAUGAGGAAAAGAUUUACAGUGGAUAAGUCCUUGUCUCAUGUCUGGUUACAGGAUUAUCAAACCUGGUGUGAUCUGAGAAAACUAGAAGAGCUUGUAGGUCAGAGAUACCUUACUCAUGAUUCUGAUGAUGAACGGUGGGAGAAUUUUAGACGAGAAAAGAACUUAAAAGUGUGGCAAGAUGUCGGCCAAAAAGGUGUGAACGAAAAGUACAAUUUAAGCAAGUCUCGUGAUCGUAACACACCAAGUUCGGGUACCACUGUGUCAUGACAAAAAAUGUCGUCGUGAACGUUGUCAGUAUAACAUGUGUUCUGUGCUCUCUGAAGUCUCUCAGUUAGAUAUUGUGCUACCACCGUGUAAAAUUGUUGUACACAUUUUUUUAUUGGGAACAUGCUCAUUUUAUAGAUAUUUUUGGCAGGUAUUGUAGUUUGUGAUGAUUCCUUGCGCAGGAUAAAGUACAAUAAGCUCAUCAGUUUAAUGAAGAGAAACGUCUGGUGUGAUAAACAUUUACAUGCAAAGAUUUUUAUGACACAGGUGAUACGAAAAUGAAAUGUUUAAAUAUAUCAAAGAUUUUGUUUUGAUAUAUGUAGCAUCUUGGUUUUUUUGUUGUUGUUUUUUUUACAACAGCAUUUAGUUUCAUAGUUUACAGUAAGCAUUCACAUAGACUUUGAAAAGGUCAGUCAUGAAAAUUUAUUAAAAAUGACUUGAACCCUAAAAAAGUACUUUAAUUUUUAAAAGCACCUGCUUGAAUUACACCCAAAAUUCCUGUAACAAUGGAUGUUCUGACAACAACUUGUUUGUGAAGAGAAUGAAUUAAAAAAAAGAAAAAAAUGAAGACAAUUUGUAAGAAAAUAAUACUUCUUGUUCACUUACUGGUCAGGUAUCCACCAGUAGUGGUCAUGAACAGACAGCAGUUUAUCACAUUUUACACAGAGCGCUAUUUCUACUGUAAUACAGUUGAUAAAUGUUGCUGGGAUUAAUACUUUUAAGACAGGGUUUUGAGAAAAAGUAAAAAAGAACUUUAUGAACCAUGACAGUUUAACAGUUGAAGCUUAUUGAUUACUAUGUCUUCAGCUGAUGAGAACAUGUUUGUAUAUGCUGUAUAGAAGAUAAAGACAGUUGGUGCAGGAAAAGUUGCCCUUAAUUUGUUUCCGUUUAUAAAGUUUAUUUACAUAUUUGUAUAUUUUGGUUAUCUUACAGUAUCGCAGAAUUUAUAAGUAGUUUUAUGUACCAGAAAGCAUUUAUGAAUGAACCAAAUGAAAAUAGUUGUUUCCUUGUAAAGUCUGUAGCCAGUAGAGUCUUUACACCAAAAUCAAAACUGUUUGUUUACUGGUAUGUCCAUGUCUUGUCAUAACUAUUUUACUGAAUUGUUUUAAAUGCCCUGAAAGGGCAUAACAUAAUAGAACCAUUGAUCUUUUAUGAAAUAUGUCAUAGCUAAGUGCUGUGUUUCUUUCGGCAGAUCAUGUCUUAUGUGUUAUGCUUCAAUGUCUUGUGAUGUUUUUGUGAUACCUCUUUAAUAUCUGUAUCACGUUUUUUGCUAUUUUCAUUUUAUCUUCAGUACCACAAGCUCACUGUCAAAAAGCCUAAUUCGAUGAAUUAGUUCACUCAAACCAUUCAUUUACUGUCUAACCAGUCAUUCACUUAGUUCAUUUUCCAGUAAUGUUUCAACCAUUAGUUCACUGUAAAACCAUACAUUCACUGAUAAAUUGUUAGUUCAAUAAUAUUUUGACUAUUAGCUCACGUUCAGACCUGUCAUUCAUAGACAAACUGUUACUUUGUUGUCAGAAAGUAAUGUUUACCAAACCUUACCAUAUCUACUGCAACUUGCUUUUAGUUCAGUUAUUUUUAGCUCACCUGUCACAAAGUGACAAGGUGAGCUUUUGUGAUCGCGCAGUGUCCGUCGUCCGUCGUCCGUCCGUGCGUCCGUCCGUCCGUCCGUCCGUAAACUUUUUGCUUGUGACCACUCUAGAGGUCACAUUUUUCAUGGGAUCUUUAUGAAAAUUGGUCAGAAUGUUCAUCUUGAUGAUAUCUAGGUCAAGUUCGAAACUGGGUCAUGUGCGGUCAAAAACUAGGUCAGUAGGUCUAAAAAUAGAAAAACCUUGUGACCACUCUAGAGGUCACAUUUUUCAUGGGAUCUUCAUGAAAGUUGGUCAGAAUGUUCAUCUUGAUGAUAUCUAGGUCAAGUUCGAAACUGGGUCACGUGCGGUCAAAAACUAGGUCAGUAGGUCUAAAAAUAGAAAAACCUUGUGACCACUCUAGAGGUCACAUUUUUCAUGGGAUCUUCAUGAAAGUUGGUCAGAAUGUUCAUCUUGAUGAUAUCGAGGUCAAGUUCGAAACUGGGUCACGUGCGGUCAAGAACUAGGUCAGUAGGUCUAAAAAUAGAAAAACCUUGUGACCACUCUAGAGGUCACAUUUUUCAUGGGAUCUUCAUGAAAGUUGGUCAGAAUGUUCAUCUUGAUAAUAUCUAGGUCAAGUUCGAAACUGGGUCACGUGCGGUCAAAAACUAGGUCAGUAGGUCUAAAAAUAGAAAAACCUUGUGACCACUCUAGAGGUCACAUUUUUCAUGGGAUUUUCAUGAAAGUUGGUCAGAAUGUUCAUCUUGAUGAUAUCUAGGUCAAGUUCGAAACUGGGUCACGUGCGGUCAAAAACUAGGUCAGUAGGUCUAAAAAUAGAAAAACCUUGUGACCACUCUAGAGGUCACAUUUUUCAUGGGAUCUUCAUGAAAGUUGGUCAGAAUGUUCAUCUUGAUGAUAUCUAGGUCAAGUUCGAAACUGGGUCACGUGCGGUCAAAAACUAGGUCAGUAGGUCUAAAAAUAGAAAAACCUUGUGACCACUCUAGAGGUCACAUUUUUCAUGGGAUCUUUAUGAAAGUUGGUCAGAAUGUUCAUCUUGAUGAUAUCUAGGUCAAGUUCGAAACUGGGUCACGUGCGGUCAAAAACUAGGUCAGUAGGUCUAAAAAUAGAAAAACCUUGUGACCGCUCUAGAGGUCACAUUUUUCAUGGGAUCUUCAUGAAAGUUGGUCAGAAUGUUCAUCUUGAUGAUAUCUAGGUCAAGUUCGAAACUGGGUCACGUGCAGUCAAAAACUAGGUCAGUAGGUCUAAAAAUAGAAAAACCUUGUGACCACUCUAGAGGUCACAUUUUUCAUGGGAUCUUUAUGAAAGUUGGUCAGAAUGUUCAUCUUGAUGAUAUCUAGGUCAAGUUCGAAACUGGGUCACGUGCCUUCAAAAACUAGGUCAGUAGGUCUAAAAAUAGAAAAACCUUGUGACCACUCUAGAGGUCACAUUUUUCAUGGGAUCUUUAUGAAAGUUGGUCAGAAUGUUCAUCUUGAUGAUAUCUAGGUCAAGUUCGAAACUGGGUCACGUGCCUUCAAAAACUAGGUCAGUAGGUCUAAAAAUAGAAAAACCUUGUGACCACUCUAGAGGUCACAUUUUUCAUGGGAUCUUCAUGAAAUUUGGUCAGAAUGUUCAUCUUGAUGAUAUCUAGGUCAAGUUCGAAACUGGGUUACGUGCGGUCAAAAACUAGGUCAGUAGGUCUAAAAAUAGAAAAACCUUGUGACCACUCUAGAGGUCACAUUUUUCAUGGGAUCUUUAUGAAAGUUGGUCAGAAUGUUCAUCUUGAUGAUAUCUAGGUCAAGUUCGAAACUGGGUCACGUGCCUUCAAAAACUAGGUCAGUAGGUCUAAAAAUAGAAAAACCUUGUGACCUCUCUAGAGGCCAUAUAUUUCAAAAGAUCUUCAUGAAAAUUGGUCAGAACGUUCACCUUGAUGAUAUCUAGGUCAAGUUCGAAACUCGGUCACGUGCCAUCAAAAACUAGGUCAGUAGGUCAAAUAAUAGAAAAACCUUGUGACCUCUCUAAAGGCCAUAUUUUUCAUGGGAUCUGUAUGAAAGUUGGUCUGAAUGUUCAUCUUGAUGAUAUCUAGGUCAAGUUCGAAACUGGGUCACGUGCUGUCAAAAACUAGGUCAGUAGGUCUAAAAAUAGAAAAAAAAACGAUGUCAUACUUAAAACUGGGUCAUGUGGGAAGAGGUGAGCGAUUCAGGACCAUCAUGGUCCUCUUGUUGUAAUAUACAAUUGCUUUUAUCAUUUUAUUCAUAUUCUUGAGAAGUACUCUGGUAUUUCAUUCAGCUACUACUCAUGAAUACAUACAUUUUUCCUCACAGAACAGAGGCCUGCCCAUAAAGAGCAUAAAGAACUGAACCUUUGGUGUGGCAAUGUUCUCUUCGAUAAUUUAAAUCAAAAGUCAUCUAUCCACUUCUUUUUUUAUGCAAGGAGGUUGUUAAUUAUUUCGGGAGAAUAAGUUAGUACUGGCAUGGUAUGGUGGUACGGACUGCUGUUAAAUAACCUAAAUAUAGUAUUAACAGAUGAUGUCAGAUCCAUAUCAAAGGGACAGUUGUCACAAAUAAAAUCUUGACCAUAGUCCUGUCCUGUUGGAGUUCUGUCAUGUUGGUAUGCUGUUAACAUAUCUGUGUCUAUACUUGACCAGUCCUUUUUCCAUCAAAAUUAUACUUUGUACUUCAUUUAUAGCCUUCCUAGUAGAUACAGCUUUGUCACAAAUCAUUCUUCACCCAUCCCUAUAUCUGCACAUUUGUAUUCAGUAUGUCCCGGUAAUAAUUAUAUACUCCACUGUGUAUAUAAUUGUUUUAUAUCUUGUAUCGGCCUGUACCUAUACAACCUUAUACCAUAUCUUGUAUAUAACUGUAUGAGUUUACUGCAAAUCAUGUCCUAGUCAUUAUUCUGUCUGACAUGUUUGCUAUUCAUCAUGUCUUUUAGUCAUUACACUUUCCUUGGCCUUUACCUGUUUGUUGUAUGUGUGUUUGUUACCAAGUUAUUUGUUGAAAGUCAUAUCUUGGUCAUUACAUGAUGCAAGUCAUAAGUCAGUCAUUAGAUAUUGCAAAUCAUAUGGCGGUCUUUACUUGUUGCAAAAGAUGUAUCAGUCAUUGCAUAUUGUAAAUCAUAUCUCGAUCAUUACAUGUUGCAAAUCAUAUCUCGAUCAUUACAUGUUGCAAAUCAUAUCUCAGUCACUUCAUUUUGCAAGUCAUAUAUCGGUCAUUACAUAUUGCAAAUCAUAUUUCAGUCAUUACAUGUUGCAAGUCAUACCUGUUCAUUAUAUGUUGCAGAUUUUAUCUUGGUCAUUACAUGUUGCAUAUCGUAUUUCAGCCAUUACAUGUUGCAGAUCAUAUCUCUUCAUUACAUGUUGCAGAUUUUUUCUUGGUCAUAACAUGUUGCAACUGGUAUCAUGUCUUCGAUCUAAAAGAAUACUUUAAAACUAAUACCAGAUUUUCUUUAAAAAAAUACCUUAGAUGCUCGAAGUACACUGUGUCAUCUUACACCAUUGUUUAUAAACAGCCUAAUUGUUUCCUUUUUUUCAAAUCAAAUGCAAAUGACAGAUCAGCAGUAUUUGUGUAAGGACAGGGUUUUUUUUCGGCCGUUUUUAAAGCCGUUAUUCGGCUAUAUUCCCAAUGCCAAAAAGUAUGUAUUUUUCCCAAAAUGAGUGCAAAAAUUCCCAAUCUAUAUUCUGAAAAAAAAAAAUCAUCAAAAUUGCACAAAAAAUGACCAAUUAUGGACAAUUUUGUAAUGGAAGUAUGUUAAAGAGGUUCUACAAUGUGAAACAAGUGUAUGAGAAAGUGCUUAAACACUUCCUUACUAUAUUCUAUGGGACUAAAUAUUUCCCAAUUUGGAACAUUUACAUGUCAAAAUUCCCAAUUUUAGGGGUAUAGGCUAUGUUCCCAAAUUAGCCAGAAAAAACCUUGAAGGAUAUCAAAAUCAAAUGUAAGAGAGGUCUUCCCUUUAUGUUGUUUUGUUGAAUGUGAAAUGGACUUCCAUUUUUUUUUUUUUGAAAAAUCAAUCAUCAAUAAUUCUACAAUUACUUCUUAUAAUAAGACCUAGAAACUCAAAGAAAAACAAUCUUCAUUCUUCUUCAUAUGUAGGUAUAACACUGUUAUAACUGGAAAUACCAGACAAUACAAGAACAGCAAAAUUCUGGCAGAAAACACUGAGAAAGUUUUGCAUGUAGAGAACAAAUGGGUAAAACAUUUUACUUAUGUAAAACAACAGCACUUAGGAAGAGCUAUGUGGAACAUUUUAUGGAUUCUUCGUCCUGGUUUUGUAUAUGCUUGUUUCUUUAUUGUUCGAUGCUUACAUUCUGGCAUGUGUAUAAUUCUGUUAAAAGAUUUGCAUUGAGAAAUGUGUUCAAGUUCUGCGUCAAAUGUCACCACCACAAUAUUACUCCAAGAAAUAGCAUGACAGUUUAUUGUGCAUUUCAGGAUGUAAAGCUUAUAAUAUUUUUAUAUAAAUAAGUGUAAAAUUGAUUAGAAAAGUUAUUGAGCUACUGACAUUAUUAAAUAUUUUAAUAGUAUAACACCAAGGAUUAGAAGUGGAAAAUAUUCAAUGUUCCAUUAUAACUUUAGGGAGUUUAAAAAUGUCAAAUUGACCAAUGAUAGUAUUGCUAUGUUUGUGUUUAUUAUUCAUUGUUGUUGUUGAUCUGUUCAUGUACAAAGUAAGCACGUAUUUAAAUCAUGAAAGACACCACAUAGUUAAAAUGUUAAUCAAAGACACCACAUAGUUAAAAUGUUAAUCAAAGACACCACAUAGCUGACAUUUUAAUCAGACACUGCACAGUUAAAUCACCACACAGUUAAAAUGAUGAUCGAAGACAACACACAGUUUAAAUGUCAAUCAAAGGAGCGUUAAUCUUAGAAGUAAAUAUGCCUAAUAGCAGAAGUUGAAAUUUUCAAUUUUACAUGAGGUAUGUAUUCUGCAUAUCCUUAUUUCAUUAUGAAGUAUAAACCUGUGGUACACAUUUCUUUGUCAUAGUGUAUAAAUUACAAGUCUUUGGACCAAUCCUUUAGAAGUAUUUGUGCUAUAUGUAAUUUUCAAGUUUAAAGAAAUAGUUUUGCACACUGUUAGCAAAAGUUGAAGGUGAGCUACAGUGAUUGUGCUGAAUCCAUUACCUGGCUUUAACUUUUUAAUUUAAACAACUACUUUUCAUGAAUGUUAUAAUGGAUCUUCACCAAACUUGGUCAUAAGUAUCUUCUGGACCUUUCUCUAGAUUGUUGAGAUGAUUCCAUUUCACCCCUAUUAGGGAGCACCAGAGCAAAAAUUGGAAAUACCUUUAAACAACUAUAUUGUGAACCAUAUAAUGGAUCUGUGCCAAAUUUUGUCAAUGGCUUGAAUGUAACAUCCUCUCUUAUAAUUGUACAGUGGUUCAGUCUGGCCCCUUUUAGGGGCUGUCAUAGCUAAAAAUGGAGAGAAAAAAAUGUGAACAAAAUCUCAUGAAUCAUCGUUUGAUGGAUCUUCACAAACUUGAUCUGUGGCAUCUUUAUAAGGUCUUCACUCGAUUUUGUUCAGAUAGUGUUGUUUACUUUCUUCUAGGGGCCAUGAGAGCUAAAAAUAGAAAUACCUUCUAAUGACUUUCCGUACAAACCACUUGUUACAUAUUACUAAAGAUGGUCUGAUGCGUUCUUGUAAGGUCUUUCCUCAAAUUUGUUCAGAUGGUCUGUCAAAGCUAAAAUUAGAAAUACUUUUAAAACAACUUCUUAAUAAUCACUUGUUUGAACAUUACCAAAUUUGGUCUGUACUAUCCUUGUAAGGGCCUCUUCCAAGUUUAUUCAAGUGAUACUGCUUGACACUUUUUAGGGGAAGUCUGAGCUAUAUAUGGAAUAAAUGUUAGGAACUUCCUAUGAACUUCUUAAUUUUAUCUUUUAUGAUACUGUCAACAUGAGGUGAGCGACUUAGGCCCUUCUGUUUAUACUUGCUGUAUACUGGCAUUGUGUAUCUAAAUAUGCACAAGUGAGACUAAUGUUUUCUUACGGAUAUACAGGGUUUUUUGUCUCAUUUUGGAAGUGUUUGAAAAUACCAUUUUGAACAAUGUACUUGAUUGUAAAAAUAUUACAUACUUAGAUCACUCACACGGCUCAUUAGAAAGGACAUAACAAUUUUACAGACAGCACUUGUUUAAUCAAAAUAUACAAUAAUACUUAUUAAAAACAUGUAAACAGGAACAUACAGAGUUUACAGAUGUCAAACACAGCAACGUUCUGUUGGUGUGUGUAUUGUCUGUACUACCUGUGAAAUACUUUAUUUGUUGUUUGCAUUUUCUUGCUUUACGUGAAGUGAGAAGAUUCACUGUAAAGGUAUUCUUACUGUGAUGAAAUGUUGUAUUUUGCCAAAAAAGCUCAAAUGCUUGUAGAAUGUCUUACCAGUCAUUAUAAUGGAACAGUCUUUUAAAAGAAGUUUUUUUAAGUCUGUAGAAUUUAGCUUCAGUUGUUGCUCAAAGUCGUACAUUAAAUAGAAAACAUUCUAAACUGUCGAGCUGCAUUAGUUAAUCGUGAGUAUGCUGACCUUGCCUUAAUUAGUUUGUUCAAAUGUAGUAUUUUCAUUCAUAGCGGAAGUGCUAAAUUUGGCGCUGAGACUAUACAUUAGGCCUAUUUCAUGUCGUUAAUUGAUAUUUUUAUAUUUAAAUGUAGUUCAUGAAUUUAUUUGUACAGAGAAGCAAGUAUGAGUGCAUUUUCUAUCUCUUGUUAUAUUGUUGUCAUAUUGUUGCGGUAUGAGGGACUGAGUGCAAUAUUGACAUAGCUCCUCCGGUGUUUCAUAGUAGUUACACCAGUAUUGCACUGAGUCUUUCAUACAAUUUUAUUGAUUUUUAAAAAGUAUUUGCAUUUUCCCAGUAUUUUUAUUGUUGAUGUUUCAAAUAGAUUAUAUAUAUGCAAUUAUUUUAACAGUGCUGCAUUGACUUAUAUUGAUACCUUAUUUUUAAAUGUAAAAAGAUAUGUAUAGAUGAAUUGAAAAACAAAGAAAUCAAUGUUUACCCCUUGUCCUGGCCUACUCUCACAGUUGUACACUUCUAGUAUAUGAGGUCAUUCUAAUCUCAAAUUGUUACGUAUCAGCGUCUCAUUGAUUUUUUAAGAAAUGUAUUUAACCACAUUUCUUUAUAGGGACAUCUUUUUAAGGUACUGUUAACUUUAACACUCGGUUGUUGAGAAUGGUUUUUAUUUCUGUGACAAAUUGACAGAAACUUGCCAGUCAUUAUCAUCAACAAAUGCCUCUCUUGUUCCGCCGUCUUAAAAUAUUGUUAAAAUCUUCUUCGUCUGUAAAAGUGUACGUGAUAAAUAAUCCUUAGAAAAAACAGUUCCUACCAGAAAUUUGAACCAAAGAUGUUUUAUUUUGUUGCCAAACGAAACCUCACUGCCGCGAUCACAUAGAUAUGUUUAUAGAUAGACCAAGUUUUCAUCUUCCAUAUACACUGGCCAUAUACGUGUAUUAUGGCUGACCAUUACAUACAGGUUUUAUUCAUGUUACAUUUAUUCUUCAGACUUUUAUAGAUUCUGCAUGAAUUUUUAUAGAUUCUAUGAGCAUAUAUUUUUCUGAAAUAUCGUGAUGUUGAUCAUACUGUUGUUAUUUUUGUAUAUUUUUCUGUGUAAGAUACUUUUUAAAAAAAUCUUUUCAUUAUACACUUUUACACUCAAGUUUGAUUUCAGAUUAUAAGCUUUGCAUUGUAUUUUCUGUCUAUGAAUUAAAAAUAUCUAUAAUUGUUUAACCUUUAGUCUGGUAAAUUUCUAAAAUGGACAGGUCCGUCACUCAAUUUGGGUAAUAACAUUUAUUAUUCGAAGGAGUUUUCACUGAAAAUUUAUUGACUGAAUAGUGAACAGUGCAGACCAUGAUCAGCCUGCACUGGUCGCAAAGACAGAAUAACUUACAACCAGCAGGCUAAAGGUUAAGGUACUGUUAAACAAAAUCUUGUUUAGAAACAACAAUGUUCUGUUGCAAUAUUUUACUAUGUAAGGCCGAAGCAAUUUAGUUCUAUAGUUGAUGUCAUAUCCCUUGUAGGUUUAUGCUUGUUUACUGCAAACCGUUUAAUUCUAACCGAUGUGCUUUUCUACCUUACUGUUACUGAUGGUGUCUCUAAACCUUUCCCCCUCUGGAUAAAGCUUUCCUUACAUAAUUUACUUUCUGUGUGGAUUAUUAUGGCUUCCACAUGUAGUGAGAGAAGAUAUUAUUUUAGUGCUGUCAGCCUGUCUGUAUGUCACAAGGUUUGUUCAAACAACUCCUCCGACACUACCAGGUGGAUUUACACCAAACUUCACAAAAGUGAUCAUUGCCAAGCCUAGUUGUGCAUCUGGAUGUUCCAGUUCAGUAGCUUAGUAGUGCAUAUUGUCGGGGUGUUCCAGUUUGGUGAUUUUUGGCUAAGUUACGGGCCCUUGAUUCUUAAAAUUUGCAAAGCUUAUUUAUGCAUAUUAUUGGACAGUCCCGGGUCAUUGAUUAUUAGCUGAGUUAUGGUUUUUGAUUUGUUGUAUUUCAGGUGUUUACACUAUUUGGCAUACCAUUUGGUUGAAGUUCAACAAACCUCUGGUAUAUCAUUGAGAAGCAUAGUUGUGCAUAUCAUUGACAUUUUCCAGUUGAAUGACUUUCAGUGGAGUUAAAUUUUAUGAUGUCUGUGCUACUUCUAUACAACUGAUACUUCACAAGAGUGAUUGGUUCCAGGCCUAGUUGUGAGCUCCAUGGUUCCAGGCCUAGUUGUGAGCUCCAUGGUUCCAGGUCUAGUUGUGAGCUCAAUGGUUCCAGGCCUAGUUGUGUAUAUUGUUGGAGUGUAAUGGCCCUUAAUUUGUGCCAUUUUACAAUGUCUGCAUGUGAAAUGGUUGGGAGACCUGUAUUUUUCAUGAAAACCAAUCUCUAUUUGAUGCUUCCAGAUUUGUGUCUACGAAAUUUGGUGAAUAGUAAUUGAAACAAUGUAGCUGCAGAUGUCUCCUUUUUCAGCGCAAGUCACGGUUAAUUGAGCAAAGUGGUGCUUUUUAUCAUUCAAUCAUACCAUAUGCUUUUAUGGCUUGUAUAUUUGUUUAGCAUAGCAAACAAAAAGAUUUUUUCAAAUCAUCAAAAAUUAAAACAUCAUUAUAAAAUAUACAAAAAGUAUGAAAAUAUGAAAUACUGUUUAACCUCGUGCCCAAAUUUGCUAAAGCUCUUUCUCUGUCCUUGCUCUUGUCUGCCUAACUUUGAUACUCCAUUCUCCAAACUUUGAUUUACUCCAUUGAUGAUCCCUUCUCCGGACUUUGAUACACCAUUCUGCCUUACUUUGUUAUUCUCUGUCUGCUAUGUGACGUCAGCUUGGACCUAAAUUGGUUUGGACACUAGUGAAAGUAAACUGCUUUUCAUGUUCUAUAUUUUUGUACACAUACGGUAUCUGUUACCACACAUGUUUUGGUGAAAGAUUUUUGCAUACACAUGUAUAUUUUUUUCAUAAAAAAUGAGAAAGAUUACCAAGAUGUAGAGGAAUACUCAAAAAAUAGACGACUUAAAAUGUUA